UCUCACUAAGCAGUCAUGACUGGUCGCUAGCCCCACACACAGGCUAUGGCAGUGAUGAAGGGUGGAGCUGUGCAUGUAAUGCAGAUGGAGGGAUUCCACAGACACACACAUGUACACGGUGCAGCCAGGAUGACAGGCCGGUCAUAUGAUGCAUGCCAGGGAAGGAAGGGGAUGAGGGAUGCUACUGCUGCUGUUGUCUUGCCAGGGAGGGAUGCAGUCAUCCGCCCCUCCCCCACCGCACAGUGUUAACAGCUUGUGUUCAUUCCCCCCCCCCUCCUCCACUCCCACAUCAGCCUGUAUGUCAGCAGCAUCAGCAGCCGGGACAGCACGGACAGGAGGACGGCAGCGCUGCGCCCACUAGCCGGGGAUGACGCCUCCAGCUGUGUGACACCUGGGGGGACUCGCCCCCUCCCUCUGCUCCCGGCCGCUAGUAGGGAUGUGCCGUAGCCCCGGUGUGACUGGCCGCUAGAGCUCCAGUAAGAAGGUGGGGUGGGGGAGACUAGUGGUCCAUAGCUCGCUUGUGGCUGAGGCUGAAGGUGGCCGCUCCUCCCGCCCUCCAUACCCACACCAUGUCUUCUUCAAUGGGGCCCAGGGGCCCCCGGCCACACAUAGUGCCUCCCCCGAUGCCAGAUCUGCCCGAUCUCAGCCAUCUGACCGAGGACGAGAGGAACACGAUCAUGGCAGUGAUGAACCGACAGAAGGAGGAGGAGGAGAAGGAAGAGGCCAUGCUCAAGAGGCUGCAUCAACAGUUUGAAAGCUAUAAAGAACAAAUCCAAAAAAUAGGAGAUGACCCCCGUCGAUAUCCUGGAGAACACAAGGAUGAUGCACCAACAUGCGGAAUCUGUCACAAAACAAAGUUUGCGGAUGGCUGCGGACAUUUAUGCUCUUACUGUCGAACAAAAUUUUGUGCCCGUUGUGGUGGUCGUGUUUCUCUUCGGUCAAACAAUGAGGACAAAGUGGUUAUGUGGGUUUGUAAUCUGUGCCGGAAGCAACAAGAAAUUCUUACAAAAUCGGGAGCUUGGUUUUUUGGAAGUGGGCCGCAGCAGCCUCCAUGUCAGGAUGGAACAUUAAGUGACACUGGUACUGGAGCUGGUUCUGAUGCACCAAGGGAAAAGAAAGCCAGACUUCAAGAGAGAUCUAGAUCUCAAACACCUUUAAGUACUGCCGCUACAGCUGGUUCUCAAGAGACCUCACCUACUAGUUUACAGUCUGAUCUAAGCAAAGGGUCAGAACCAUCAUUACAAGCUGCAGUCCAAGAACAAAAACAGUCUUCAAGGUCAAGAAGUGAACCACCACGAGACAGGAAGAAGGUCAUGUCAGUUUCUGAACAGAAUGGAAAAAUUGCAAAAAGUGAUCGUAAGAGAAACCAGAAAUUCCCUAACCAACAAGGGCAGGCUUAUACAGAUGAACACAAAGAAAGAAGAGAAAGUAGAAGACUGGGAAAGGGGAGAUCACAGGACAUUCCAGAAAAAUCAGAGGAGGCAACAAACAUGGAAGAUGAGAAAGAAAGGGUUGAUGAAGAGUAUCAAACACGGUAUAGAAGUGACCCCAACUUAGCCAGGUACCCGGUAAAGCCACAGCCUGAGGAACAACAGAUGCGUAUGCAUGCCAAGGUUUCAAAGGCUCGGCAUGAAAGGAGACACAGUGACGCAUCACUACCACAUACAGAAUUAGAUGAACCAGAAGUCCCUGAGAACAAAUUAGGGAAAAAUUCUCAAGGGCAGGGAACCCAGGACAAAAGAACUGUUUUACAAAGUCAGCAAUCUCAUUCUAUUGAUAGGAAUGGGGAUGGGAUAGUUUCAAAGCCAAAACAAGUAUCAAAUCACAGCCCACCUAGUCCUAGACGUAGCCCCGUGCCACCAGAGCACAUAGAGGCUAAAAACCAUGAUUCCUUCAAAAAACAAACACGGUUAGACCCAAGCUCUGCUCUUCUAAUGAGAAAGACUAACCGUGAAAAAAUGGAGACUAUGUCGAGGAAUGAUUCCCUUAGUUCAGAUCAAUCAGAAUCUGUUAGGCCAUCCCCACCAAAGCCCCACAGGUCUAAAAGAGGUGGAAAGAGAAGACAGAUGUCAGUCAGUAGCUCAGAAGAAGAAGGAGCUUCUACACCAGAAUAUACCAGUUGUGAAGAUGUGGAAAUCGAAAGCGAAAGUGUCAGUGAAAAAGGUGACUUGGACUAUUACUGGCUGGACCCUGCAACAUGGCACACUAGAGACACAUCCCCUCUUGGUUCGCACCCUGUUACCUGGCAGCCAUCGAAGGAGGGUGAUCGUUUAAUUGGACGUGUUAUAUUAAAUAAGAGAACAAGUAUGCCAAAAGAAUCUGGAGCACUUCUAGGACUGAAAGUUGUUGGUGGAAAGAUGACAGAUACAGGACGUCUCGGAGCCUUCAUCACCAAAGUAAAGAAGGGAAGUCUGGCGGACGUUGUAGGUCAUUUAAGAGCAGGUGAUGAAGUUCUAGAAUGGAAUGGAAAACCUUUGCCAGGAGCCACAAAUGAAGAUGUUUACAACAUAAUUUUACAAUCAAAAUCAGAACCCCAAGUUGAGAUCAUUGUGUCACGACCCAUUGGUGACAUUCCAAGGAUCCCAGAAAGCUCCCAUCCUCCAUUAGAAUCUAGUUCUAGUUCCUUUGAAUCUCAGAAGAUGGACAGGCCUUCAAUAUCUGUUAUAUCUCCAACUAGUCCUGGAGCUCUUAAAGAUGCACCUCAGGUCUUGCCAGGACAGCUGUCUGUAAAAUUAUUGUAUGAUAAAGUAGAACAUCAUCUAAUAGUCACUGUGCUACAAGCAAUAGAUCUCCCACCGAGACCAGAUGGGCGCCCCAGGAAUCCCUAUGUUAAAAUGUAUUUUCUUCCGGAUAGAAGCGAUAAAAGUAAGCGGAGGACCAAAACAGUGAAGAAAAGCUCCGAACCAAAAUGGAACCAAACAUUUGUUUACUCCCAUGUGCAUCGAAAAAACUUUAGAGAGCGAAUGUUAGAAAUAACUGUAUGGGAUCAGCCAAGAGUACAAGAAGAAGAAAGUGAAUUUCUUGGAGAGAUUCUUAUAGAGCUAGAGACUGCACUAUUAGAUGAUGAACCUCACUGGUAUAAACUGCAAACACAUGAUGAGUCUUCGCUACCUCUGCCUCAGCCAUCACCUUUCAUGCCAAGGAGACAUGUACAUGGAGAGAGUUCUAGCAAAAAACUACAAAGAUCUCAGCGAAUCAUUGAUAGUGACUUCUCAGAUUUUGAUGUUGAUGAUGGUAUUGGAGUUGUGCCUCCAGGCUCAAGGUCUAAUAAUAGGCAAAGCCGAUCUACAACAUUAACAGUGCCGGAACAGCAAAGAGUGACCCAUCAUCGUUCCCGUUCCGUAUCUCCUCACCGUGUUGAUGAUCAGGGCAGGACCCGCUCACGGUUACCAAAUGUGCCAUUACAGAGGAGCCUAGAUGAAAUUCAUCAAAUGAGACGAUCACGCUCUCCAACAAGACACCAUGAUGCCUCCCGCAGUCCAGUUAUUCAUAGGUCCAGGGACUCAGACAGUCAGUAUUUGUCUGAUCAAGAAAAUGAACUCCUUAUGUUGCCCAGAGCAAAACGUGGACGAAGUGCUGAGUGCCUACAUACUAUCAGAAAUACUGUUAGGCACAGUAAAACUUUGCCACCCAAGAUGCCUUUGCUAGAGUUUGGUUCUAAUUGGAGACUGUACAGUGAACUACAGCCCUCCCUUGACAGGGCUCGAAGUGCUAGUACCAACUGCUUGAGACCAGAUACUAGUUUGCAUUCACCAGAACGAGAAAGGCAGCCCAGAAAAAUGGAAAAAUCUAGUAACCAGAAACCAAACAAUAAAUGCGGUGUUUCUGAAGUAAAAAGAAACCAUCAAGUAGGAAAUCAGUCAUCUACGGUAGACUCUUCAUUUAGUCGGAGAGGAAGGCAACUUCCACAGGUCCCUGUAAGAAGCAACAGUGUAGAACAAGAACGAGAGAGUUAUAGCUCAUCUUCAACAGCAAAUUUGUUAGUGGAAGAACGUGCAAGACAAAUGAAAAUAAAGGUUCAGCGAUAUAAGCAGACAGCUGGCUCGAGCUCCAGUCAAGAACUCGAAAGAGAGCAAUUUACCAAGUACAACAUGCAUAAAGAUCAAUAUCGAAGUUGUGACAAUGUCUCAGCCAAAUCAUCUGAUAGUGAUGUCAGCGAUGUGUCAGCCAUUUCCCGAACCAGUAGUGCCUCACGUCUCAGCAGCACAAGCUUUAUGUCCGAGCAAUCUGAGCGUCCAAGCAGAAGGCUCUGGAUGCAAGGCCGACGGAUGGGAUAUUCAGGGAGAACCAUUACUAAGAGCACAAGUGUAAGUGGAGAGAUCUACAAGCUAGAACACAAUGACGGAAGCCAGUCUGAUACAGCUGUGGGUACAGUUAUGACAUGUGGAAAGAAAAGAAGACCAAGUUUGAGUGGCAAAAUUGUUGCCAUGGUGUCCCGGAGAAGUAGAAGCACAUCACAGCUUAGCCAAACAGAUUCUGGCAACAAGAAAUUCAAAAGUACAAUUCAGAGAAGCACAGAGACAGGAAUGGCAGCUGAAAUGAGGAGUCGUAUGGUACGGCAGCCAAGCAGAGAGUCGACAGAUGGAAGUAUUAACAGUUACAGCUCUGAGGGAAAUUUAAUAUUUCCAGGAGUAAGAUUGGGGGUCGACAACCAGUUUAGUGACUUUUUAGAUGGACUUGGACCUGCUCAGCUAGUUGGUCGACAGACAUUGGCAACGCCAGCAAUGGGUGACAUACAGAUAGGAAUGGUUGAUAAGAAAGGGCAGUUAGAGGUUGAAGUAAUAAGAGCUCGAGGUCUCAUACAAAAGCCAGGCUCCAAAUCUACACCAGCACCAUAUGUGAAGGUGUACCUUUUAGAAAAUGGAGCUUGUAUAGCUAAAAAGAAGACAAGAAUAGCACGGAAAACCCUUGACCCUCUCUAUCAACAGACUUUGGUUUUUGAAGAUAGCCCUCAUGGAAAGGUCCUCCAGGUUAUUGUCUGGGGAGACUAUGGCCGAAUGGAUCACAAAAGUUUCAUGGGUGUUGCACAGAUUCUCCUGGAAGAACUUGAUCUGUCCAGUGUGGUGAUCGGAUGGUACAAGUUGUUUCCGCCCUCAUCGUUGGUGGAUCCAACAAUGACACCCCUUACUCGCAGGGCUUCCCAAUCAUCUCUGGAAAGUUCAACAGGUCCUCCUUCCAUUAGGUCAUAGCGACCCGGAAGGCAUUGUAACCUGAUGUAAUCACAAUGUUAAUGCCCAAUAAAAGAUUCUGAACGGUGUAUGUAUGAUCAAAAGCAUUGCUGGAGACAGACAAUCAUUUAUUUAUUUUUGCCUGUAGUAAUGAUCCAAAAAAAAAAAAAAAAGAUCUGAACAUGAGUCUUAUUGUCAGAGAAAAGAAAGAAUAUGAGUACUGUAAAUUAAUAUACAGUUCAGCACUAUUGAAGUCACACAUGCUCAGUGGGAUAGUAAGGGUGACAUUGAAUUACAAACUGGAAGCUUUCACUCUGUUAGAAAUGUUUGUGAUACAUUUUUACAGACCAUAAGCAGUGUUAUCAUAUUGGUAUUUCAGCAUAUUUUAUACUUGUUAAUUCCAUUUUUUUUUUUUUUUUUAUAAUGUGUUAAUCUGCCAGUUUCAUAAAAGCAUUUGUUAUAAUUCUCACAUACCGCUUUUUUGUCCUUUUUUUAUUGAUUUCCUAAGAGCCGAGCAUUGCAGAAGUGCUGAUGGCUAUGGUUCCGUGUAAUAUUCCCUGCUGCCUGAAAUACUGACAGUGACUUAGAAGAGCACUGCUAUGUAGUGCUUUCCUCUUAUUACUGACAUAGCUUUUUCAUGUAGUGUUUCACCACUGGGAACCACAGAUGGAUUUUAUGUAUUAUACUGCAUGCUGCAAUUCUUAUGGAUCACAUCAAUUGUCAGCACUAACCCCAUACGGCUGCAUCAGGGCUAGGGAGAGAUGCUGCAGUGCAGCAGUCGCAUGAUGCAGACCCCUUUAGAAAUGGUCCGGGUGCAAUGAAAUGCAUCUAUGUUCUUAUAUGAUGUGACUAACACUACAGAAUGGCCAUGGAUGCAAUAGCUGUCAUUAUUUCAUCCAUACAGGAUACGUUUUGUUUUGCCAACAUUCUCUCAUCUGAUAAUACUAAUGCCAACAUGUUUGUGUUAUUCCCUUUUGCAGUAUGGGAAACUGUAGAAUGAUUGCGUAACAUUAUUCUUUAUUAAUAAAUGUUUUUAAAAAAAAGAGAGUUUAAAAUAUUAUCAAUAUUUUUUGCACUUUUCAUUUGUAAAUUUUGGAUUGCCGUACAAAUGAUGGCGUUAAUGUUUUCCUUUCUGAUUUGACUCUGUGCAUGGGAGAGAUGUGAAGAAGUCUGUUUGCAACCAAUGCUAGGCUGCUGCAAGAGAUUUCCUUUCUUUGGCAUUUCCAGAUAAUGUGCCGUCUGAGCUGUUUUUCUUUUCCCAUUAGCCAAUUGCUGUACUUGUUUUUGUGUAUAAAUUGUAUAGUUUACAUGCCGUAAUGCUGACCAAUGGUGGGGAUGAGCAUAUGACACUUUGAGCUGUAUCCAGGUCUCUAUGAUAUGUGUCACUUUAGACACCUGUGUCUGUCCUGGGUAGAGCAUGGUAUGAGCUGUUUAAAAAUCACUGGAAAUUCCAGUUGAGAUAUUCUGCACUUACUAAUAUUUUUAUCAGAUUUUCGUUUACAUUUAUUUGAGAUUGAUGCAAGCACAAGGCUUGAUUUUUUAACGCAAAAUAUUUUACUUUUUUGGGAGAAAAAAAAAAAGAGAAUAUACUUAAAUUUCAAUUAGCAUUUUUCAUUUCUUUGUUCCGUUUUUUUGGCCUUGAAGUUCCUCGUGAUCUCUGUAUGUGUGCUAAAAGCUGCAGACUGUGCAGGUGCAUUGAUAAUGUUUCCCUCCUUUUUUGGGCCAUUCAAUUUUGUGAUCACACGAGUAGAGCAGCAUGUCAUGGAGUAAUUCAACGCUGCAUGCAUGUUUUGUAUAAAAAAAAAGAGACAAAAAAAAAAGGUUAAAUAAUAAUGUGUGUUAGUUCCACAUAGGCUGGCUUGUAUGUUGCAUGUACUUGUACAGUUUGACCGUAAUGAUAAUGACAUAAUCAAGAAAUUUAAGCCAUCCAUUUUUCUGAUAGACAUUUUGCAGGUUUUUAACCAGACUAGAUAUGUUAGUCUGGUGCUAAAUGCCUAUAGAUGGACAUUAUUUUCUACCCUAUGGAAACGUAAUGUAGUUCGGACCAAAUUCCUUAUAAUAAAUAUUUUGGUGUAAAUUCCUACUGUGGGGCUGUAACACAUGUAGAAAUUGUGUACACACUAGGUUUUGAUUCAUAGACAUACUGCCUGCACCAAGUGAAUUAUUUAUUACAGGCUGAAACCAUUAUGCCCAUAUUUGUGGAGGGCAUAGGUAGGUUACUGCUUGACCUGCUGAGCAGGAAGAACUGAAGCACUGGUGCACUACUAGAUUAUGUACUGUCUUAGUGGCCAAAACAACUGAACUAAUUAUAAUUGGGUACUAUCUUUCUAUUUGACCACUUGUCUUAACACCCCCCUGUGCUUUUAAAUAAACUUCCAACUCAUGUUAUGUAAACAUGUUUAAUAAAAUUUACUUUUCAUGUC